AUGGAGCUUUCAGUCUAUAGCACCUCCUUGAUAAUGGAUGUGGACUCGGGUUUUGCUUUUCUGACUGACACUACAACCUUGGAUAAAUCUGCUGUCGUUGUGUUGGACAUUGAGAGUCUUGCACAGCCACCUGAUAGGAGCUCUGGGAGUCCGAAAAUGACAAGAGCACUAUCUCGAAAAUGGUCUUACCGAGCAGAACGAUGGACUGGUACUGAAGAAGAAGACAUUGAUGAGGCAGCAAAGAAACUUCUGAUAAAAGGGAGCUCUCAGCUGGAGCCUUUGAAGCUGCCACUAGUUAUCAACAAAGCACACGUUUCCUCCCUCGCAACCCCUAGCGGCCCCAUUCUACUAGACCCAGUUGAUGGAUGGAAUAAGAGGUUUAACCGGCUAAUGACAAUCAACCCUCGGAAGAUCCUUUUCAUAUUUGCAACCAUUACUGCUGGUGGUAGGGUUGUCUAUUGCUUCCAGCUAGACUCGACAGUAAAACGCUUCUCUCAGCCUGCUGGUAUUAGGUUACACAUGUUUGCAAAGUAUUUGCGGCAGAAUGAUUCUCAGAAGCUGAAUAUUUGA